GAACUGCGCUGACGUCAUUUCCGUUGCGCGAAGCUGAAAAUUUGGCGCCGCGGUUUGUCUUGAACAAAACACUGAAAGAAAUAGCGUAAACAUGGGAACUACCGUCGAAAGGAUAAUUCCCGGAGCUCAACCGCUGUUGUAGCUUUGCUUAUAAAAACAGAACCGCUGUCUGUCACUUGCUCAGACGGUUGACGGUCUCCUGGUUCCGGAGAUGCAGAUGUAACGUUAGCUGGAGCUGCUCAGGUUAGCUUAACCUGAAAACUCACUGAUAACAAGCAGCUCGAUCAACUUUUCUGGUCGAAUAACAAUUUAAUACGAACGUCGGGCUGCUGCUUAACAACAGUCAUCAUGAACAGGAUGAAAAUGAAGAAAUCCAAGGUAUCUGAAGGGAAACUUGGACAGCAGAAGAACAUCUUGUCCUUCCUUUCCUCCAAAAACCAAAAGGACUUUUCAUCUUCCCCAAAAGUUACUGGCUCUACACAAACCAAGAAUGAACCCCAGAUCAAAGAUGUUGGAAGCUCUCUGUUCAGACCCUAUUCCCCGUUGAAGAGGAAUGUCCUUGGGGAUCUUGAAAACCUUCUUCCCUCCCCACCAGAUCUUCUCCUCUCUGUGCCUGAAACUCCCAACAGUCAGAUCAGGCUUGCUUGCUCUCCUUCCACCAGAGAGGCAGGUCUAUGGAGCCCGGAGCCCAGCAGAGAGGCGGCAUUCUCCUCAAAGCUCGCCCAAGCAUCCCCUAUCUGUCGCAGUCCCCGCUCCAAAGGACGGAGUGUAAGGAGACGGGAAGAUGGAUGGUCUGGCUCCAUUAAAAGACUCCUCAGCCCUAAGGAAGAGUCAAACCAUGCCAAGAGACCAAGAACUACUAAUCCACCACCAACAACAACCGUGAUCAACCCCACAGGUAGCAGCGUAAAAGGAACCAGAGCUGUGAUUGACCUCAUAAAGAUACCACAGUUAUUUAGUGACCAAUCAGUAGAUCAGUCUGAGAGGUUGAUAGUUCACUGCCGAGACACUGAAGUGGUCCUCAGUGACGACACGAAUGUAACCGUGUCACUGACGUCGGGUUUUUGCCAGGCUUUAGGGGAAAAGAGAAAACAUGAGGAGGAACAAGACAAGAAAGAUUCUCGUUUUACCAUGAUAACAGAGCAGAAAGUAUCUGAGGUAAAAACUAAAGGAUAUCUACACAUUGGUCUGGACAAGGACACUGAUGGUCUUACUGCUGAUGUGCAUCAACCCAGAGCACAAACUCUUACACCUGCACCAAAAGACGGAGAGGAUGACCUAAAUGAAAAAGAAACUACACCAGUGUCAGAUGGAAACAGGGACGAAGCUGCAGGAGCAACGACGUCUGCAUGUCCCAUAGAAGAGGUGUUGGAUGAGGGCUGGUUUGCAGAGCAGAUGGAACAUAAUGAAGAUCGUGCAACAGAGGAUAAAGAUAAAAAACCCCGUAAGGUACCAGACCACGUGAUUCUCUCUGGAGGCCCAAACAACCGCUACUGGGUUGUGGAUGUUGAGGAAAGACCAGGUCACAAAACACUGACCAUCUCAUGCUCCAAGUCUCUACAGCCGACUGAGACGUGUCUGCUCAAAGAUGGAUGGGAGAUGACGCCUGUUCGUCGUGGUGAUGUGGUACAUCUGGAGGGCUGCUCUGAUGGUGGAUCCUGGUUGGUGGACAGGGAACAGGGCUUCCUGGUUUUACUACCUGAUAGCCUCAUCUCAGGUACCAGCAUCUCCAGCUCCAUCCGCUGCAUGAGGCGUGCAGUACUGGGGGAUAUGUUCAAGAGUUUUGACGGCGGUUCCAAGCAAAUGCUGAACGGCACCAUGGUCCAUGAAGUCUUCCAGAGAGCAGCUACAGCUAAAGAUUUUUCUCUGGAGAAACUGUCUAAGCUGGCUGACGAGGCACUGCACGGUCCUCGGUACCUGGGAGACAUGUACAGUUUGGGUGUAAGUCAGGAGGAGAUGAAGCAGGAGCUGCAUGAUUAUCUGCCUUCACUACAACACUGGGCAAAUGAGUAUCUGAACUCAUCAGCACCUAAAGCCAUCAAUCUUAAAAUCCAUAGCAACAGCAGAGGUCCAAGCAAUUGUCAGGACUCUGCAACUGUUGUCACGGUAACAGAGCUGGCAGACAUAGAGGAGAACGUCUGGUCUCCGAGAUUUGGCCUGAAAGGGAAAAUUGAUGUGACAGCGCGGGUUCGAAUCCAGAGACCACGAACUGGCGGCCACAGAACUCCAGAGGAAAAGAUCGUCCCCUUGGAGCUGAAGACUGGAAAGGAGUCAAACUCGAUAGAACAUCGCAGUCAGGUGAUCCUGUACACCCUGAUGAGCCUCGAGAGAUACAAUCCUGAAACCGGCUUUCUGCUUUACCUCAAGACUGGCAACAUGCACCCUGUAGUAGCCAACCACAUGGACCGCAGAGAGCUGCUAAAGCUGAGGAACACUUUGGUCCAUCACAUUCAUAACUGUGUGGAGCAAGAAGCAGAGCGGAGCCGCCUCACUAGACUCCCUGACAUCCUGACGAACAGACAAACCUGCCAGUAUUGUCCUCAGAAGAGAAACUGUGCUUUAUAUGAGAGAGCUGUGGAUCCCAGCUCAGCAGAUGUCAGUGAGGAUGUUGUACAAGACUUUCUGCAGCAAGAGACUGGUCAUCUGACUCCGCCACAUCUGAACUAUUUUUCCCAUUGGCUGCUGCUCUGCUGCCUGGAGGCUGCUCCUAUGGAGACCAAGAACAGCCGAAAGCGUGUAUGGCUUCAGACAGUUCAAGAAAGUGAGAAGAAUGGAAGCUGUGUGGGGAAUCUGCAGCUCAGUGCUCCAGUGACUAUGCAGUCUGAAGGUGUUUUCCUCCACCGUUUCCAGCGCAGUGGUGUUGCUUCACAGCAGGGUUUGGCUAGUGGGGAUCGGAUUGUUGUUAGCGAUCAGGAAGGUCGCCUCGUUGGCUUGGCAACAGGAUACCUGUGUGAGGUCAGCAAGAAAGUGAUCAGCUGCACUCUGGACAGGGACCUGUCAAAGUACAGCGGCGUGUUGUUUCGAGUGGAUAGUGAUGAAGGCGUGGUGGGACUCAGCACUCAUCUCACCAAUGUGUCAAGACUGAUGGAAAACUGUCAGGACAGCGAUCGUCUCAGGGAGUUGGUUGUUGAUCUUCGUUCUCCAGAGUUUAUCUCAAACCUCAGUUCUGUUCUGCCCAGAGAGGCCAAGGACACAGUAGCCAACAUCCUCAAAGGUCUCAACAAACCACAGAAGCAGGCCAUGAAGAAGGUGUUAUUAUCUAAAGACUACACGCUGAUUGUCGGCAUGCCUGGCACUGGCAAAACCACAACAAUCUGCACCCUGGUUCGUAUCCUGCAUGCAUGUGGCUUUAGUGUGCUGCUGACCAGCUACACCCACUCUGCUGUUGACAACAUCCUGCUGAAGCUCAAACGUUUCAGAGUCGGUUUUCUGCGUCUGGGGCAGGGGCAGAAGGUUCAUCCAGACAUCCUGCCAUACACAGAGGAAAGUGUGAGGAAGAACGGUGUUCACACUCUGUCAGAGCUGGAGCAGCUUUAUAGCAAAGAGCUGGUAGUGGCAACCACCUGUAUGGGCAUCAAGCAUCCCAUUUUCACACAUCGCCGGUUUGAUUUCUGCAUCGUCGACGAGGCGUCGCAGAUCAGUCAGCCUGUCUGUCUGGGACCGCUGUUCUACGCCAAACGAUUUGUCCUGGUUGGAGACCAUCAACAGCUGCCACCAAUAGUACAAAACCAAGAAGCCAGGUCACGCGGUAUGGAUGAAAGUUUAUUUAAGCGACUAGAGCUCCAUAAAGAGGCAGUGGUCCAACUCAAUGUACAGUACAGGAUGAACAGGCAGAUCAUGUCUCUCAGUAACUCUCUGAUGUACGACGGCCGACUUGAGUGUGGAUCAGAGAGGACAGCCCUGGCCCUGCUCACUCUGCCCUUCCUGCUCACUGUCCAAUCAGAGCUUAGCUCCUACUCGCAGAUGCAACCACAGCAUGACCUGUCUUGGUUACAGGCCACACUGUUGCCUAGCAACCCGGUUUGCUUCCUGGAUUGUUCAAUGGUGCCUGCACUGGAGUCGGUGGAACGGGGAGGAAUAAGCAACCGCACUGAAGCUGCCCUCAUACACAUGCUGCUUUCACUUCUGAUAAAGGCAGGGUGUAAGCCCAGUGAUGUGGGAGUUAUCGCCCCCUACAGGCAGCAGUUAAAGACAAUCUCAUCUCUGCUGCAGUCCUCUGCUUUCACCGGUGUUGAGGUGAACACAGUGGACAGGUACCAAGGAAGGGACAAAAGUCUGAUUGUUCUUUCUUUUGUCAGGAGCACUGCAGAGGAAGGAAGCUUAGGGGAGCUGUUAAAGGACUGGCGUCGCCUGAAUGUAGCCAUCACCAGAGCUAAACACAAGCUGCUGAUGGUGGGUUCUGCCACAACACUACGCCGCUACACACCGGUGGAGAAACUACUCAACCAUCUCCAGCAGGAGAACAUGAUUAUCCAGCUCCCACCAGCUGCCCACAAGGCCUUACCCAGCAUGCACCUGUGACAGAAGACUACAAAGCCAUAAUGGUUUCAAGUCACCUGUAUAACCUCACACCUCAACGUCAAGGCCUCACCUCAAACUGGAAAUAUUUCAAAUAAGAUCUGAGCUAACUUGCAUCAAAACCAAAUGCUACUCACAAAGUAAAAUAGUCCGUUGCGUUUACAUUCACAACUUGGCAUCUUUUCUUGCAUUUUCCUGCAGAUCAAUAGAUGGCCAGAUGUAAACCCCAGAACAUUGGGCCACAGCAGCUGUGUGCUAAGGUUUAUCAGUUUUAAAUGCAAAACACUUUCAGCACUCUAAUUGUAAAGGUGUCCAUUCAUGUCUUGAUGUGAAACAAACUACUGAGAUGCUGCAAUAGCUGCAUGAGCAUUUGUGCUGCAUUCAUAAGAUGGUCCAGCAGUUCAGAUGUGUUGAAGUGGCACUGAUUUUAAGUGCACCAAACCUCAAGUGGGAGUCAGACUUGGAUGGUUCAUCAAAUACCUCACUCAAUACACUGACAGUAUUUCUGGUGCAACUAUUUGUGAUUUAAUGAAAUCUGUGCAGUCAGAUCCACUCGUGUGUGUCUGCCACUGAACUGACGUUUGUUAAAUCUUCAGGAAUGACAAACUUGAUGAGACUGAAAUUAUGAUAUUGUUUACAGUCUGCUUGGUACAAAUUCAGUCUUUAUCCACCUCAAAAACUCUCAAGCUGUCGUAUAGAAUUUUUUAUUUAAUAGACUGACUCUCGAUCAAGAAGAGCAUUAUAUUAACAGAACUCUAUUCUGAUCUGUGAAUGUGCUUCACUGUCAGUCUACAGCUGUAAAAAAAAAAAAAAGGAAAAACAAACUGCUAUAUAAAUUAUUUUUUAUUGAUUUAUCUUUUUAACAACUAA